UGGCGGCUGAAGAGAGGAAGAUUGGAUGAAGYUMUUACUUGUCUUGUAGACUAGAAAUGGAUGUUUUACGCCCUCCUGUUGUCUGGAUAAAUGGUCGAUGUUACAGAAAACUACCCUUUGAAAGGAACAGCAAUUUUGAUUCCACUCCUGAUCCAUAUCAAGAACAAGAAGACAUGAUGUAUGAAGAUGAWGUUUGUGAUGGUUUGAUUGAAGAAAACAGCAAAGGCUUCAGGACUGUUCUAGAUGAUAUUCCCCGCAUAUUGUACAAGUUUGUCAUAGGACGAGGUGGUGAAACUAAGAGAAGAAUAGAAGAUGAUACAGAUACUCGCAUUUCUAUACCUGCACAAGGACAACMAGGCAAUAUAGUAAUAACAGGUCCCCAUAAAGCUGGAGUUCUGUCUGCAAGGAGUCGAGUCGUUGUUAUAGCAGAAUCAUCAAGACAAAAGAUCCCCUUCACACAUUUUGUGUCUUUUCCUUUGUACUUUGAUGAACUURCUGAAUCCACUGCAGAAUUCAAAGAAACCGCUCUUAAAGAAUUUGGACAGCACAAAGGAAUUCAUCCUAGUAUAUUUCAAAAACCAUGCCAUCUUCAYCUUACAGUUGGAAUGCUUAGGCUUCUUGAUGACAGUGAAGUGAAAAAGGCAGCAGAAUUUUUGCAAAGCUGUUACAAGAAACUUACUAGGGAUUGUUUAUCUGGAAAACCCAUCUCUGUACAAMUAAAAGGAGUCGAAUACAUGAAUGAUGAUCCUUCCAAUGUCCAUAUUUUGUAUGCAAAGAUAAUUGAAASUGAUGGCACUGAAAGGCUUCAAGGCUUGGCAGAUUCAUUGGUAGAAACGUUUGUCAGUCAUGGAAUCAUGCAGCGUGAAUAUGACAGGGUGAAAUUACAUGCUACAAUCAUGAAUAGUAAACUUCAUUCAGGUUUUCAAGAAUCAUUGACUGCAGCAUCAGAUUCAUGGAGAAGACCUAAAGAAGCACCAKCACGUAGGGAAAACUAUGCAUUUGAUGCAAGAAAUAUUGUAGAGUUAUAUAAAGACUUUGAUUUUGGAACAUAUCAUCUGRCAGAAAUCCACAUAUCAAAAAGAGGGAGUUAUGAUUCACAGGGACAUUACACAUCUGAGAUCUCAGUGCCUCUGCCAUAGAUGUCUGCAAUGCUGGGGGUCUGGGGAUCCAGAAAAACAACAGAUUACAGCAUUGCAUGCCAUAGUUAUAGAUGAUGGCAUUAGAAAUUGACGUAAAUGUACAGUAUUUUGCAAACAUUCUGUAAAAGUUAUGGAGUUUCCAUCGCCUUUUCAGUGCMCUCAUAGUCUAUAUCUAAGAUAUUGAUGACGUUUAUUGUUACAUUGUGUAACGUUUUUGCAAAACGCUGUAUAAAAUGAUUUUGUCAAUGAUUAAAGAUAACUACAGAUGGAGGUCGAAAUAUUAAAACCAAACACUAUGAGGGCCAUUACAGGGAUCUCCUCGCUAGAGUAAUUAUGUUUUAAGUUUCUUUUUUUCUUCCAUUCCAUUCCUCCAUCUAGACCAUCUGUUAUCGACAAUAAAACGUUACUCUGUUC